GAGGACCAACGAAAGUGCCCCCACCCUAGGUUAGAGCGGAAACCUCUUAAAUACUCUGCUUCAUUCUCUCUGCUGGACAUAACACUGUCUUUGCCUGCUAUUUGUGCAUCAGUAUGUGUCAAAAAAAGGUGAUGCAGACAAUAAUUUUCGCGGCGGUGUUGGUGUGUGCUGUAGCGAGGCCGGAGCCUCCAUCGUCGUAUGGUCCCCCGGCGACAUCAUACGGGGUACCUGCCCCGCAGUACGGUCCCCCUCAACAACCGAUUGUUCACAAACAUGUCUACGUCCACGUUCCUCCUCCCGAUAACGAAGUGCCCAAACCCCAGAAGCAAAUAUACGUGCCUCCUCCACAAAAACACUACAAAAUAGUGUUCAUCAAAGCACCGACACCGCCAACGCCGACCGCACCUGUUAUUCCAGUACAGCCUCAGAACGAAGAAAAGACACUUGUAUAUGUGUUGGUUAAAAAGCCUGAGGAUCAACCUGAUAUUGUGAUUCCUACACCUGCCCCGACACAGCCUUCCAAGCCGGAGGUCUAUUUCAUCAGAUAUAAGACACAGAAACAAGACGGUUACCCUGCUGCAGCGCCUCCAGCUUCUCAAUACGGUCCACCCGCUUCAGCUCCAUCUUCUGAAUACGGCGCUCCUUAAAAAUAAAUAAAAUUCAAAUACGCUUUCCUUAGAAUACCUUUUAGCGUAAGUAGGAAAACCAAAAAUAUGUAUAUAUUUCUAUUUUUAUAUUUAGUAUAUGCUAAGUUUGUUGACCGUGACCGCAAAACGAUAGACUGCAGUUAGUUUGUUUCAUUUUUUAAACAACUUAGUUUUUGCCUCCAAAAAUUUAAACUUUCAAAAGACUAUCUAAAUAUCGAAGUAUUUUCUUUGCAUUCGAAGCUCUGAUUACGUAGAUGGCAUAACUUCAUCAACUAUAACACAAAUUAACCCAAAAGUAUCGUGUGGUAGUAAAUACAAAAAUAUAUUAUCUGUGAUAUAAGAAAUAAGGGCUUAAUGAUUUAAUACACAAGUUUUCAAGAUUUCAAAAUUCGACUAUUUCAGAUUUAUAUUAUUUGAAUUUAUGUAUUGGAAUUUAUUUUAUUUAUUGUUUAUGUAUUGGAAACCUAUACAUACACAGUCGAACGAGUAAAGCCAAUUGCUUAUAGAUAGUUUAUUAGUUCAAUGGGUCAUGCGGGUACAAUCAUUAUAAAGAAACAUCAGCUUCAGCUUGAUUGUAUCAAUUUCUUGUGCAUAAUGCAAAAUAUAUUUUCUUGUAAAUACACUUUUUUAUAUCUAAUCGUUGAAAAUAUAAUAAAAUGUUGAUAUUAA